GCUCGCCAAGCCGCAUCAGUAGUCAACUUCACAGAAUUGGAAAUUGGGGGGUUCCAGUGCGUGGCCGAAUUGUUUCCUUGAAGUCUCGGCACGAGUAUGCGGUAGGACGUUUAUUGACCAAGUAUAAUAAUUCUCCAACAUCUCAAAUGAAGUCCAAUGCAAAUUAAAGGAACCACCGCUUUCCAUCAAGUCUAAGCAAGGAUCGUCGAAGCCGCUCAAAUUGAAAUGUCGGAGUUGCAUGGCAAACAGAGCUUUGACAUCGCUUACUAAAUGAUUGCGAUUACCUCGAAAAUUGUGGCAUGUUGUUGGAAAAGCGCAGUUAAAGGCAGCGACUCGAUGUGCUUUGGUUUUCGACUCGUCCUCUACAAAGUUCAAACAAUAGAAUCUUUAUUGAUCGGCUCGACUUUUACAAAGUUGGCCAACAAUUUAUAUCUGCUGAGCCAAUAAAGGGCGCGCUUGUAAAUGGGCCGAUGGGCUUUUGUAGACUCUCCGGCCCGGCGGUUUGGCAUGGAAGGCUCGUUUUUGCACGGCUUCAUGCAACUCUUAUUUCCCGGGACAUCGGCUUCUUCAUAAACCCAAACCCCCUUUCAAAUUGCGCGUUCGGAAGUGUGAGCUUCUAAGUUCUCCAUUUUUGUUGAGAUUCUCUGUCCAUUUCGCUCAUGAUCUUGAUCCUCGCCAUUAGAGCUCCUCUUCCUGUUCUUAGAGAAAAUCGAACGAUUUUCCCUCCUUUGCGAUCGCCGGCGACUGAGAGAGACAACUGCUCGUCGCCGUUAGUGCCGGCGAGGAGAUCGAAAACUCUGCGUUCUGAGAUCAUUGCUAUUGUCUCUAUGUUGAGAACCGUGGAGUUGAUUUUUGUGUAGUCUGCUGUAGUAAGGCCCUUCUCUGGGAGAACCUAAGUUUAAGAUUCCGUACCAGUGCCAUUUCUGCGAAUUUGAAAUGGCAACAGAGCCGCAUUCCGUGGCUGCUGCUUUGAGUUGUAUCGAUGAAGAUGACCUGGAAACUCGGAGCAUUUCGGAAUUGGUUUCGUUUCUGCGGACGGCCUUCCGGAAUAUUGAUUUCGAUAAAGUGGAGGAGGUUUUGGUGGCCAAAGAAGUGAAAUUGAAGAAAGAGAUUGAGAAUAAGAACAAAGAGUGUGAAUUGAUCCAAACAAAAUACGAGUUUCUGAGACUGGACAAUCUAACUCAAGAAUGCACACUCCAGCAGCAGGUUAAGGUUGACUCUAAAGAAUUCGAUAAGUGGAAGGAAACAUAUGAGGAAUUGAAGGAGAGAGAGAGUGAGAUUAUAAACCUCAAGCAAUUGGUCUUUAAAGUAAACCAGAAUAGGGAGGAAACGAAAAGUGCUUUGGAGCAAUCUGAGAAAUUGCUUGAAGUUGUCCAGAAGACUCGGGAAGAUGAUAAGAAGAUAAUAGAGGAGCUCAAAUGCGAGAAUUCAGAAUUAGAAUCUUCCAAGAGAGCAAUUGAGGUUGCCUACGAGCAGUGUCAAAAGAAAUACGAGGAACUAGUACGUCGGGUCUCACAAUUGGAGGACAGCUAUGCAAAGCUAAACAAUGGGGAGCCUGUUGCACCGAACAGAAACGACACCAAAUCAGGAGCUUGCUCUGAUGGUUCCAAAAAAUUUGUUAGGAAGAAGGGGGCUGAAAGUGACAAAAUUGAGAAUCGAACAGGUACUGGAGGAUGCAUUGUUGAGAUCAUCAGUGAUGAUGAGAAUGCUUCAGUGGAAAAUUUAUUUAGACCACGUGGAAAUCCAAAGAGAAAGCUAGGUUCAUUUUUGGAUGAUUGUGAAGUUUAUAGUGCUGAAAGGGAUGAUGAAGAGAUCAUCAUUCUGCCUGGUGGAAGCAAGGGUAAGAAAGUAGGGGCAUCGUCGACAACACCUCACCAUUGUCACCCAGCCAAACACGUCCUGAAAAAGCUUUUGUCUUCUGGUACUAAUGACUCCAAGAAAGUCGUGACCUCUCCAAGGUCUGCUCCAGUCAUGUUGAGGCAAUGCACAGAGAAAGUAGGGGCAGAAUGUAAAUUACACAAUUCCAAGUUAAAGCAUGCUACAUAUUGCAGGGACUAUUCUAGUGAGGAUUGGUCCAUCUCCUCGGAUUCUGAUGGCGAUACACAAAAUGGAUAUGGCUCGAGUCAUCUUAACUCAAAAGAUCAAGGGAAGAUAUGUAACAAACAAUGGGAGUUGCAGGCUGAAAUGCUUGCUGCAUUUAAUGAAAGUGAUGUGCUCUGUAUGGAGGCUGUUUGUAUCCUCUACAGACAAAAAAACUUGACAGCAAAGCCUCAUGGUGCAGAUUUGCCUUCCAGACACAGAGGAUUUAAUGAGGCUGAUAUGCUCAGGGGUACCACAUUGGCGUUGUUUCUUACCAGUGGAGAUCCACAAGGGAGAUUAAAGAAAUCUACAAUAGAAUUGAAACGGUUCGACGUCAGUGGUCUUGCUGAUUGUCGAAGAAUAGCUAUUGAACACUCAAAGCAACUAUUUGAGAUAUUACAGAACGAUGAAGAUCGGUUCCUAUUCCAUGAAAAAGAGGUUAAUUGCAGUUUUCUUUAGAUGAGAGGUCAGAUUUGAUGCCGAAAUUUGUUGGUUGUUGGUUUCAAUGUUUUCCUCACAGAUGUAAGAACUUUUUCCGAUCACUUUACUGUAAAUAAUAACAUGUCUUAGGGUGCACGCUGACCACAAAUAUGCUGUCCAUAGUGCAAUAUGUAUAAAUAUCACUAGAGAACAAAGAAUGAUAGAACUCCAAUUAUGAUUUCGAUAUCGAAUCAUAUCAUUAGGUUAUUAACAUUAAGGUCAAUACAUCUGAAUCAGUUUGUUAGAA